UUUAGCAUUUUUCUGCAUUGUUAGGGUGUCUCAGAUUAGUUUGUUUGCUUGGCAAAAGCCAAAUGGCAGAAACGAGAAUAUGUAGUGCUUAUUUUUAUAUUUGCAUCAUAGUAAAUGGUGCCACAUGGCCAUCAUUUAAGAAAACAAUGCCAUUGAAUGAUUACUGUAAUGUCGUUUAAGAUGUUGUUGGUCUCAAAGAGGUUCUUAAAAAAUGCUACAAAUAUGCUUGAGCCUAUUGGAUUGAAUGUUUCUCUAUGCACCGGCAUGAAAAAACAACACACAUACAUGAUUUGAGUGCAGGCUAGCCAAUGCCAUCGUGGGCCUUUGUUCUUCCUGCUCGCAGACUCUCUGCAAACGUCAUUCUAGAAGAUUCCCUUCUCCCCUUACACCCCUCCUUCCAGUCCCGUCUCAUAUUCCCUUUUUUUUCUCCACCUCUCCUUUCUGCCUGUUCCUCUCUCUCUCUCUCUGUCUCUCCUCGAAUCUGCUUGUCUUCUUUGGCUGCAGCAGCUGGUUGCAGUCUUGAGCCAGAGUCUCAUCCCCGAGUCCCCCUCCCCCCCACGAGUGCACGCAAAGACAAAAGGCCAGGGCUGCUUGUCAGAACACUGCCCCCUUCCUCCCUGCGCUGCCUUGUGCAUCUGCAGAGGAGAGAGUGACCUAUAGAACAGGAACCAGCAGGCUUAUAGUGAAGGGGGAAAAAAUCACACUCAUACAGAAUGGGGCCUGGCUGGACUGACGUCUUGCAUAAGCCUCUCCACGAAGAUUCCCGGUAGUAGGGCCGGGGCGAAGCAGGAGACCGGACAUGGUUGCCCAGGGCUGGAGGAUUAGGGGACGAGCAGCUGAUUUUAAUUGACAAAGAUCCGUGUUUCUCACUGGUUUUCUGGGGAAAAGGCAAGAGGAGGAAGCAGGGACACUGGCUAGAAGAGAGGAACAGGGACCAUGGAGAGUGUGAGAGUGAGGGAAGAGAGAGAGAGAGGAAGAGGGGAGGCAGAGAAGGAAGUAGAAGCAGUCCAGUGCUGCAGAAUGGGGUAAAACCGAGAGGCACAAUCAAAAAGAGGCCUAGCGUUUGAUUCGGCUCGGCAACGUGAACUGCACACUCAUUCUGAACACAAACCUCUUCGAUAAUAUUGACACACACUCAAAGCAGGAAUAUUUUGCAGGAAUAUUGAAGAUUUGAUGAAGAAACGGGCAGCUUCUGUGUCUCCAGUGUGGCUGCACUGCAGCACACACAUUAUGCAGGGUGACCGGAACCGGUUGAAACCGGUUUGAGGCAGACGAGGAGGCUCGGAAACAAUACAGUCACUGUGCUACAGGCAGAUAGCUGACUGCUUCAUGGCGGCCAAAAUGGCAAAAGGGUCUUCAGGAGUGAUACAGCCCAGAGCAGGGACCUUAGAGAGGCGGUCUUUGCACACCUCCAAACGGUUAUGCACGUGAGGGCCGGGAGGCAGCCAUGGGAGCUGAGCAGAUAUGGUGACUGUGGGUCACUAUGUGCUGUUAUUCAUGGUGGUCACCAUCCAGAAUGGUCUCUGGCAUGCCUUUCCUCCUGGUGGAUCAUUUCUUGAAGGGCCCUGCCUAGUGCAAAAAGUGGAUUUUUUUUUUCCCUCUGCUGUCAGGGAGAAAGGAGGAGGAGGGUGGUGGUGGUGGUGGUGGUGGUGGUGGUGUUUUGUUGUGGAGGUGGUGAGAGAAAGGAAGGAAGAAGGGAAGGAAAGCAAGAUUGUUUGCUCUAGUUGUCGGAACACCGAGGGUGUUUAGCUCAUUCUCAUAAGACCAUGGGCGACAUGAAAACCCCAGACUUUGAUGAUCUGCUUGCGGCCUUUGACAUACCUGAUAUGGUUGAUCCCAAGGCUGCCAUUGAGUCCGGCCAUGAUGAUCAUGAGGGACAACUCAAACACAAUGCCCACCAUGAAGAGGACUCCCAUGUCUCCUCUGGUCCAGAUGUUGGGGUUAGUGUUAUUGUUAAGAACGUCCGGAAUUUUGAUGCCACUGAACAUCUCUCAGAAAAGGAUGUCCAUCCCACUGUCGGAAAUGGACUACACAAUGGUUUCUUGCCUGUGUCACCCAAAUACAGAUACAACAAAGAGAGUGAGAAGCUUCAAAAAGGCGAAAUCCACGGGAUGGCAGGAAAUAUCUCCACAUUCAACCAAUUCAGUCCCAUCUCUAGUGCAGAGGAGUUUGAUGAUGAUGACAAGAUUGAAGUAGAUGACCCUGCUGACAAACAAAGUAAUUUACAGUUUAGACCAAACCCUCUAACCGGUCUGAGUGCAAAAACGGUAGAGCCUCAUUCUCAACACACCAAACCAGAUGGUCCAUCUAGGCCAAAAACAAAUGGCAAUUACAAUCACAUGAAAGUUGAGAAUAGUAGCGCAAAUGGCUAUGAAUCUCAAAAACCAAGAAAAACUGAGGAGCACUCCAAAGAAAGAUCCCAAGCAAAACAGCCUGAAGAACCAGUCGUUGAGUUGAAUGUGACCAACCUCUCCCAAGCCAAGGCCAAAUCAUCUGCAAAGCUCUCAUCCUGCAUUGCUGCAAUUGCAGCACUUAGCGCAAAGAAAGCUAGCUCAGAAGCAAUGUCUCCAGAAUCUUUAGCCACAUCUCGAGAUUCACCCAGAGAGGCUAAAGAAAUCCCAAAGGUUACGGAUAAAUCACCAGAGCAGGAGUCAGCUCUGGAGCUUAGCAAGAAGGUGCUCUCAAAACAACCUGAGAGUCCUUGCAGUGUUACCAGUGAAAGCAGCAGCAAAGAGUCUCCUGCAUCUCCAGCAGGAUCUAUACCAGUCAUUCCCAAAGUCCGCAUUAAAACUAUCAAGACGUCUUCGGGGCAGAUCAAAAGGACAGUUACCAGAGUUCUGCCCGAGUUUGAUCCUGAAGUCUUAAAGAAAGGUAUUGAUUCUUCACCCAAUGUCGUCUCUUCUCUACUGUCCACUUCAACCUCACCUUCUGUUUUCUCAUCUUCCAUGAGAACUUUGCCAACCACAGUAGUAGCAACUUCUGGAGGCUCUGCCAUUGAGGUAACUAAACAAAUGACCAUCAAGCCCGUGGCCACUGCCUUCUUACCUGUCUCAGCCGUUAAGACAGCAGGCUCCCAAGUGAUUAACCUGAAACUUGCCAACAAUACGACUGUAAAGGCCACUGUCAUACCAGCGGCAUCUGUUCAGAGUGCCAGCAGUGCCAUCCUUAAAGCUGCUAAUGCCAUUCAGCAACAAACUGUCAUGGUGCCUGCUUCCAGCCUAACAAAUACCAAACUUGUGCCAAAGACUGUCCACCUAACCAACUUAAAUCUCUUGCCUCAGAAUGCAUCAGCGGCUGAACUCCACCAGGUCCUGACCAAGCCCCAACAACCCAUCAAGCAAGCCAUGUUGGCCCAGCAACAACAGAAGAAAGUGUCUCGGGUCCAGGUCCUAACCAGCUCCCAGAGCUCAGUGGUAGAGGCCUUCAAUAAAGUUUUGAGUAGCAUUAACCCUGUGCCAGUUUAUGUACCCAAUCUCAGCCCUCCGAUUUCUGCCUGUAUAUCUUUACCAUCUCGAGGAUACAAAUGCUUGGAAUGUGGUGAUUCCUUUGCACUGGAAAAAAGCCUCACUCAACAUUAUGACCGCAGAAGUGUCCGUAUUGAAGUCACUUGCAACCACUGCGCCAAAAACCUAGUCUUCUACAACAAGUGCAGCCUCCUAUCACAUGCUAGGGGCCACAAAGACAAAGGGGUUGUCAUGCAGUGUUCUCAUCUCAUCUUGAAGCCAAUUCCAGCUGACCAGAUGAUCCUUGCGCCAUCAGUAACCUCCAGUGCUCCCACCUCUUCAGCUAACCUUGGAUCCUCCGUAGUGGGGAGUCCUGGGAAAGUAAACCCAACCACGGUGAUCUCUGCACCCUCUUCGGCCCCCAUUGUGGCUGCCAUGCCCUUAGAUAAGGAUGUCUCCAAGGUCUGCAGAUCGAGUCUAAAGUGCUUGGAAUGUAAUGAGACAUUUCAAGAAGAGUCAUCUCUUGCAAUGCACUACCAGCAGGCUCCUGAAUCCAGUGGACAGAAAACCUGCACCAUUUGCCAAAUGCUACUGCCGAACCAGUGUAGCUUUGCUUCCCAUCAGCGGAUCCAUCAGCAUAAGUCUCCAUAUAUCUGCCCUGAAUGUGGAGCUAUCUGUCGAUCAGUCCAUUUUCAGUCUCAUGUGACCAAGAACUGCCUGCACUACACACGCCGAGUGGGCUACCGCUGUGUUCACUGUAGUGUCAUCUUCGCUGACGUUGCUGCUCUCAAGUCACACAUUCAGGGAUCCCACUGUGAAAUCUUCUACAAAUGCCCCAUCUGCCCCAUGGCUUUUAAAUCGGCCCCCGGUACACAUUCCCAUGCCUACACCCAGCAUCCAGGAGUUAAAAUUGGAGAGCCCAAGCUGAUCUACAAGUGUUCCAUGUGUGACACCGUUUUUACCCAGCAGACUUUGCUCUACACACACUUUGACCAGCACAUUUCCAGUCAGAAGGUGUCUGUCUUCAAGUGUCCGGACUGUUCGUUGCACUACGCCCAAAAGCAGCUCAUGUUGGAUCAUAUUAAAUCCAUGCACGGCAUCUUAAAGACUAUCGAGGGUCCUCCAAACCUGGGCAUCAAUCUUCCUCUCAGCUCCAAACCUACUAAUUCCAUGAGCCUGAAUAACAGCAACAAAGAGACUGUCUCUAUCGACAGCCUUGAGAAGGGAGAGAGGAAGACAACAUCCACAGCAAAAAAGAAUAGUAAUGGGACAGACCUUCCUAAAAAAGCCCCAUUGUCCACCUCCUGCCCUGGCUGGACCUGCAGGGAGUGUGACCGCAUAAUGUUUCAAACCUGUGUCUUUCUGCUUCACCAGCAACUGAAAAAGCAUCCGUGUCGACAGUGUGAAAAGUCUUUCAGUUCCUCUCACAGUUUAUGUAGACACAACCGAAUCAAACACAAGGGCCUACGGAAGGUCUACUCAUGUCCACACUGCCCAGAACCCAGUCGCACUUUCACCAAAAGACUGCUGCUAGAGAAACACAUUCAGCUGAUGCAUGGCAUCAAAGACACAGAGGCCAAGCUUCCGGCAGAUUCCAGCAGCACAGAGGCCAUCCCAGAAAAAGAACAGGUCCCCAGUCCUAAACGAAAGCUCCACUCUGAAGAUGAGGAUGCUGAGAGGGAAGAGGAAGUGGAGGAGGCCGGAGGAGAGGUGACUUCUGCUCAGAGGUCCAAGGGCUCAUCCUCACAACCUCUAAAGAAGCUAAAGAUCAACGUCUUCAAGACACACAAAUGCGCAGUGUGUAGCUUCACCACAGAGGACAUUGUGCGUUUCCACGAGCACAUUCCACAGCACAAGACUGACGUCUCGUCCUACCAGUGCCGCGAAUGUGGCCUGUGCUACACCUCGCACAACUCCCUCGCCCGACACCUGUUCAUUGUGCACAAGUUGAAGGAGCCCCAAGGUCUCGGGCGACACAACGAGCAACAAGAGAACACGCCCAACCCGGACGCCAAUGACGGUAUCCCAGAUACUCAAUGUAAAGUAUGUUCAAAAACAUUUGAAACAGAGGGAGCCUUGAACACACACAUGCGGACACAUGGAAUGGCCUUCAUUAAGUCCAAACGGCUGAGUGCAGCUGAGAAGUAAGAGUGAGGUAGUGCCCCCUAGUGGAUGGAUGUUAGUUUGCAAGGAAUUAUAAAAAAUAAAGUUUUUUUUUUUUUGUCUGUAUGUUGUAAUAGAGAACGUAUAGAAGCAUUUGACGUUGUAUUCCUUCAUUCUGGCCUUUUUGUAUGCUCAUUUGUUGUGCAUACGUAUACAUAUAUAUAUACAAAAUGUAUAAAUCUAUACACACAGAAUGUGUGUUUAAAGAUGUGUAAUAUAUAAAAAACUGAUUUAUGUGUAUUUAAAUAUCUAUGAGACCAUUUUGUAUACUUUAUGAUAGUUGUUUGUAUGCGUGUUGGGUAGACCUUUUUUAUAGAUUCCUUUUUAUUUUCUAUUUUAGAGAGUUCUCGUUGUUUUCUCGUGGGAACAGAUGCUGUCCAAACGGACGUCUCAGUCUUGGGAUGCUUUCGGUCCCAGUUUCCGAACUGCUGCUAAAAAAAAAAGUGCACAGAAUGUCACCGUUACACUUCUCAGUGCGACAUUUUGCGCUCUUAAAGGACAAUCAGUCCGCAACCUACAACACAAGCAGGAAUAGUGUCUCCUAAAGCAGCCGAAAAUGGCGUUUGACUGAAGAACUGGAUGUGGAGUUGAGCCUGAAAGCUUUUUUUAUGGUGCAUUUCUGUUUUGUGAAUUAGUCGGCCAUUCAAAACUACUAUAAUUUAGCACUACGGAAGAACAAGACAUGAAAGUAGUUAUUUAAAUUUAUAUAGCCUAUCUCAGCCACUGCCAAGAGGUCGUGUUGUAAACAUAUGUGCUUUUUAACUUUAAGGUGUCGUUACAGCCGGAUGAUUCUCCUCACUUCAUUUCUUCUCAGGCAGCUUGUUCCAAAUCAUAACUUAUGUUUGAUUGCAUUUGUGUUUGGGAUUAUUAUCACACUACAGUGUCUCAACUUAUCAAGAACCACAUUUCGGAUUCAUGCCCAUUAGAUUUUGACGUAGCCUACUUUGGGAAGCUUUUAUUUGUGAUUUGAAUCCAAAACCACUUUGCCCUGCAGAUAUGUUUCAGUACAACUCAAACGAAUCCUGAAUAUGUCCAUUUAGCCUGAUUUAUUUAAAACCAAAGUUCCUUCUUUACACAUGAACUCCAAAGUAGGACGCCCCACUCAUAGUUGCGUGUUUUCUCGUUCUUGAAAUCAGUAAUUCAUAAGUGCUGGUAUACUAAAGUACUAAAGUGAAUACUAAAAACGUAAAUUUAUCAUCAAGCCAGUGUACGUGUUUUCUCAUUGUUUUUUUUUUUUUUCAUUGUUUUUUUUUUUUUUUUAGAGCAGCAUGUCAUGGAAAAGUCUCAAGUUUGGUGUUCCACUGACACGUGCUAAGUUUGAAAAGGGGGAAAAAAGAGCAACAAAUGCUGCCUUCACUAUAAAUGAAUGUUUUGUUCAAAUUGUGAAACGCACUGUAAAAUUUAUUUUUUCAAAUUUCUAGGGUAAUUGCGUCCCCCCCUCCCUCUAACUGAGCUGCAGCUUUUCAUUUCAACAAACUCCGUAUCUUGCUCUGCUUUUCCUUUGGACAAAUGAGUACCUUUGAGGACGCAUACGUGCAUGAAAGAAGCCAUUCAUGGUUGGUUGUUCUGUUUUAUAGAAUGUCUUGCUGAUGUUCGGUAGACUUUGUUCUAUGUUUGUGCAAACAACAUUAUCAUUAAUAAAUGAUACAUACACAAAAAUAUCUAACAUGUCUAAAUUGGUAUGGAGUUUGUGUGCUUCAGCUCUCGCUUUGCCUCAUUUUAAUUAGCCUGAAAGCAAUUCCCUUUAGCCAGUGGUCUUGGUCACCAUGGUUACAAGGGAAUUUAAAGUCAGAAUAAGGGACUGCUGUGUAAAGCAGCUAUGUGAUUGGUGCUUUCAUGUUGACAAGGGAGACAGUGACUUUAAAUUUGUAAUUAUUCACUGUAAAUCUGGGGCUUUUGUGGUGGUGGAUGUUA